AUGAAUUGUCCACACAGCGUACUAACACUCGUGGAGCGCGAGGUUGUGACUUUAAUGGCAACGAACGACCCCGAAAACUGGGACCUCGGUAGUGGCAAUCCACGCGAGCACACCUUCUGCCAGCAUUUUGUCAUGGACUACAAACGCCACGCUGAGGCAGAUAUGAGGUUCUACCAUAUCGCGCCUGUGACGAUGAAAAGUCUGCGAUUCUACGCGGGGUUUCCCGUGUCGGUUCCGUGUGUGUCAAAAGCUCCGAGACAGACCGAAACAGUCGUCGUUGGGGCCCUGUGCUGCCUUGAUGCUAAGCCUCAUCAGAUGACGAGGUCGCACUACUGGAGGCUGAUGAAACUUGCGGAUGCAGCGUCCAGUAUAUUGGAAAGGGCUGCAACAGAGUACGGCGCUGACCCCAAGAACUGUCCACUAGGUCGGAAUAGCGUUGGAGUCCAACUUUCUACCCCGAGGAGCGAAAUCUCUGCAGUUGCGUGCUAA